CUCGGGCUCUGUGUGACUGCUCUAGGGGCUAUAGCUCCAUACCCCAGGAGAGUGACAUGUCACAGGAGGCUUCAGGGGCACCAGCAAUGCCAAGAGUAGGGCAUGGCCAGACUAAGGCCAAAGCACGGUUGCUUCUAGGUGCUGACAGGAAGAGGAGCCGCCUCAGCAAGACAAGGCAGGACCUAUGGGACAGCACUAGCUGGAGUAAUCACAGACUGAGCAGAGCCACCUCUGCCCCUCGAGGGACCAGAGCUAAGGGUACAGCUCAUGGCAGGAGUGAAGCCUGCCCUGAGAACGCAGCACGGGAGCGGACCCGGGUGAGGACACUGCGCCAGGCCUUUCUGGCCCUGCAGGCUGCUUUGCCUGCCGUACCACCUGACACAAAGCUUUCCAAGCUGGACGUGCUGGUGCUGGCCACGAGCUACAUAGCCCACCUCACCCGAACGCUCGGCCACGAGUUGCCUGGCCCUGCCUGGCCACCCUUCCUGCGUGGACUCCGGUACUUGCACCCCCUCAAGAAGUGGCCCAUGCGAUCUCGUCUUUACGCAGGAGGCUUAGGAUGCUCCAGCCUCAAUUCCACCACAGCCACCGCUGCCAGCCAGAGAACCAGGGACGAAGAGGUGGGGUCCCAAGUCUCUGUAGCCACAGAUGUUCUUGUCGCCGAUCCAGUAUCUCCAGCUCUUGGUAACAAAUGACCAGCUCCUCAUCCUCUUCUCUUAGACUGUGACUCUCACGUAAGGACCCGGAUUUUCUACAGCUCUCCCUGUCUUUCCCCCUGACUCUCAGCCUUUGGAAUUGACUCAGGCUCAACUUUCAAGUUCAGGCUCGGCUUCCGGCAGGCAGAAGAAGCAAUGGUGACGUCAAUGGUGGAGGGUUGUGAGGGGACCCAGGAUGAAGAUCUUCACCUUUGGCUCCAAGGAGGGGACAUUCCUGGCACUUCUAGGGUAGUGGCAGGAAGUGAAAGAGCGAAGUGUUUGACGUGGUUUAAAGUCAAGUUAGGGAAUCAUCCUCCCCUUACUUCCCUAGGCUUCUUCCCACGGCGAGAAAACAGAAAUGACUCUGCAGGCUCAGGGGGAGGAGGCUAGGGUGGCAUUAGCCCCAGGUGCUCUUGGCCGGACAGGGAACAGGAAGGGCUUUUGGUAGCAGUACGUGUGACCUCUAAGUCACAAGGUCACAAAGCCAGAGAGGAAACUGAAGAAUGAAGUGUGAUUUUUUUAAAAUUGCCCUACCAGAUAUUUAUCUAACAUCAAAGAGGAAGCGAAAAGUUUAGGGUUCUUGUCCCUGGAUAUGGUCUCUCCAGCUGCCCCCCAUCACCACAUUCCCCCACCAGGGCCCUGCACCCUUUCACACUUUCUUAGCAUGGGCUCUGUCUAGAGAUGAAGCCACCACAUUUACACGGCUUACAUUCCAGGGGAACUCCCAGCUGUCUAGGCAGAGAUGGUUUUAUCCCAAAGGCAUCUCUACUUUCACUCAAUGAGGCAGCCAAUCACAGCCCUGCCUCCAAAAGGUCGGCACCAUGCACUCAGCUGUCUCCUGGAAGAGACUAAGAAGAGGCAUGUGUAUCUUUUGGGGGGGGGGGUGACAACUAUGGUCUUCAUUUCUGUUAUAUUAGAAACCUCGCCUCAAGAAAAUACAAGACAAGCAUGUCCUCUGUGCCAUCACUAACUGGGGCUUUGUUGGUUUGGGUAUAAUCUAUACAGUUCUAGAAAUCAGCUCCCAAGGCCAACUUCUCCCCACAGACAUUGACAUCCCAGGCCUGCUCCAAGUCGUGGGACAGAGUGCCAAUAUUUUGCUAUAGCUUUAGUGACACUAGUCCUUGACCCUGAAGAAAUAAUUGGAGGACAAAGCACGCAAUGCAACAAGCCUUCCAAGUCAGGUAGAGUUUCAGAAAGGCUCCUGAAGCCUAGACACAGAAGAACAGCCUUCCUGUCAAAUUUUAGUAACCAAGGCCAACUAGAGUCCUAACAGGAUGAUCGUGAGCCGAGUGAGGCUUAGGCAGGCUGGAAGGGAUGGGUCUGCUCCUCCAGGGCUGAACAGGGCAUUCGGGGAAAGGGGGUUGAGGGGGUGACUCAGCAAGCUGGGGUGUAGCUAGAAGACACAGAACGUCCCAGCCAGAGCUGCAUGGGCUGUGGGAGAGCAGCUGGGCUAUGGCUGGGAGCCAUCGCAGAAGACCUUAGCCAAGGCCAAACGCAUAAAUCUGCCCAGUCCCGCAUUUCUGCUAAGAGACCCUGAGAACUUGUCCAGAGCUGAUGCGGGCAGCUGGACGGGGCCAGGCAGGGGCAGUGACCAGGUGUGGGAGGGCAAAAGCAGUAUUCUUCACAAGACCAUAAAAGUCCAGCCUGGGGGGUUCUAUUUUUAAAACCAAAUACAGCAUCUCCCUGGUUGAGUUGUUGGAGGGUGGUAAAAAGAUGUGUCUAUGAUUUCCUCCCAGUCGGUGACAUAAAAUUGGUCUCUGGGAAGGCAAGGGACUGGUUUUGGGUAUGUACUGGAAGUCCCCUCACAGCCUAGAACAUCUCCCAGUGAUCGGGUAGAGUUAGAUUUAGAGCCUGGAGUGUCCACCCUGCCCAGACUCAAGCUUUUGCCUCAUUUUGACAACUCCCUCAGGACUGAAGACUUACCAGCACCCUGGUGGAGAAGACAAGAGGAUGAAGAUGGUAGAAGAUUGGGUUAAGAAGAACAAGCCCAUCAAAGAGGAGAUACUUUUGGUUUUUAUUUGUUUUGUUUUUUACAUAGUUCACUGUGUAGCCCAGGCUGGCUUUGAACUUGAAAUUCUUCUGCCUCAGCAGGGAUGAUGGGCUCACAGGCCUUUACCUCUCUGCCCAACUAGGAUAUGUUUCUAAGGCUGCUUCCAGGGAAUACGGUUUUCUUGGUGACUAAGACAGUCAUCUGGUCCAGUCACCCUGGGAGCCAGGGGGGCUGGCAGUGGGGAAAGGAGCCAAAGCCAGAGGAAGACCCAGGGCACGACCGGGGCUCCACCCUCUCUAAGGAGCCAAUACUGCCCUUGGGAAAUAGCGCUCUGGGGACUGGAGUCUGUAAGCCAAGCAGAAGCAGGAAUGAGCCCCUUUGUUCCCACAGCAGAGGAAGAAAAGCACCUGCUGACUGGGAGACAUAUGCUCUCCAGUGCUGGGGACAUGGCAGAUAAGGGCAGUUAGAGGCCGUAGAAGGAGCUGAAAUCUGUCUCCAUCAACAGCAAUUCCCUAGGACCAAGCAUGCGCAGGGAAGAAUAUGCCUAAUUGAAGGUGACAUGCGGUGUGAAGAUUCCCUGGUCCAGGAGUCAGUUGCAUGGCUGCACCCAGUAAACCUAGUCCAUUCUGCUUUCUUCCAGUCCUUCUCAGGGUGAGGUGCAGGCAGAGUGGGAAGGAAGACCUCGCUGUUGCCUCCCUCCACCCAGCUGGAUGUGCUCCAAGAGCCCAUGGCUGAGGCUCCGAUGGAGCUUUGGAAGGGCACAGUUAAGGAUGACGGUGGCCGUGGAGUUCACCAAACUGGGAAUGAAUGAUAGGAACUCUUGACUGUUAGUUUGACUGGAUUGAGAGAUGCCUGAGGGUUAGUAAGGAGUACCUCUGGCUUUAUCUGUGAGAACUUUUACCAACUGAAUGGCUUAGUCCCUUUAUAGAUUCAAAAUAGACUAUUGAUAAACCUGGCAAGGUGGCACACACCUUUAAUCCUAGCACUUGGGAGGUAGAUACAGGCCGAUCUCUG